UACUGUAUUGGAUAGAUGGGAGGUACUGUCCUGGCUGGAUGGGAGGUACUGUACUGGCUAGAUGGGAGGUACUGUACUGUAUUGGAUAGAUGGGAGGUACUGUCCUGGCUGGAUGGGAGGUACUGUACUGGCUAGAUGGGAGGUACUGUACUGGCUAGAUGGGAGGUACUGUACUGGCUAGAUGGGAGGUACUGUACUGGCUAGAUGGGAGGUACUGUACUGUUGGCUAGAAGAGGUACUGUACUGGCUAGAUGGGAUGUACUGUACUUUAUUGGCUAGACGGGAGGUACUGUACUGGCUGGAUGGGAGGUACUGUACUGGGUAGAUGGGUGGACUGUACUGUACUGGCUAGAUGGGAGGUACUGUACUGUAUUGGCUAGAAGAUGUACUUUACUGGCUAGAUGGUAGGUACUGUAUUGGCUAGAAUAUGUACUGUACUGGCUAGAUGGGAGGUACUGUACUGUAUUGGCUAGAAUAUGUACUGUACUGGCUAGAUGGUAGGUACUGUACUGGCUAGAUGGUAGGUACUGUACUGGCUGGAUGGGAUGUACUGUACUGGCUGGAUGGGAUGUACUGUACUGGCUAGAUGAGAGGUACUGUACUGUACUGGGUGGAUGGGAGGUACUGUACUGUGUGGAUGGGAGGUACUGUACUGUGUGGAUGGGAGGUACUGUACUGUACUGUGUGGAUGGGAGGUACUGUACUGUACUGGGUAGAUGGGAGGUACAGUACUGUACUGGGUAGAUGGGAGGUACAUUACUGUACUGGCUAGAUGGGAGGUACUGUACUGGCUAGAUGGGAGGUACUGCACUGUAUUGGCUAGAUGGGAGGUACUGUACUGGCUAGAUGGGAGGUACUGUACUGUAUUGGCUAGAAGGGAUAUACUGUACUGGCUGGAUGGGAGGUACAGUACUGUACUGGGUAGAUGGGAAUAUGUAAACCUAGCCAACAUAUCUGGGUUAGUAUUCUGUAUGUGAAAUUGAGACAUCCAGGCCCGCUAGCUAAACGGUGUGUGACUGAACAUUGUUAACUAUGUUACUCGUAUAAUGAUCAUUUGGGGGGAGGUGUUUAUGUUUGUCCUGGUACACACUUGUACAAGUCUGUAAUGGAAAUGUGUUUCUUACAUACUGAGACCCUGAGGGAGUGGGGUCGCGACCUUUUAUGGUGAUACCAUUCAGUAUUGGCUUCUGUACUCCCAACCCUAUUUUGUAAACCAGACACAGUGACGUGUGCAGUCUGGUUGAAAUACUGCUAUUCAGGCCUGUGAGCCGUCAUCACAACCUCGUCAACAUGUUGCUUUCUCUCGCCCUCCUUCCCUUGUCUACUGUUUUACGUUGCAGCCGUCAUCACAACCUCGUCAACAUGUUGCUUUCUCUCGCCCUCCUUCCCUUGUCUACUGUUUUACGUUGCAGCCGUCAACACAACCUCGUCAACAUGUUGCUUUCUCUCGCCCUCCUUCCCUUGUCUACUGUUUUACGUUGCAGCCGUCAUCACAACCUCGUCAACAUGUUGCUUUCUCUCGCCCUCCUUCCCUUGUCUACUGUUUUACGUUGCAGCCGUCAUCACAACCUCGUCAACAUGUUGCUUUCUCUCGCCCUCCUUCCCUUGUCUACUGUUUUACGUUGCAGCCGUCAUCACAACCUCGUCAACAUGUUGCUUUCUCUCGCCCUCCUUCCCUUGUCUACUGUUUUACGUUGCAGCCGUCAUCACAACCUCGUCAACAUGUUGCUUUCUCUCGCCCUCCUUCCCUUGUCUACUGUUUUACGUUGCACCCGUCAACACAACCUCGUCAACAUGUUGCUUUCUCUCGCCCUCCUUCCCUUGUCUACUGUUUUACGUUGCAGCCGUCAUCACAACCUCAUCAACAUGUUGCUUUCUCUCGCCCUCCUUCCCUUGUCUACUGUUUUACGUUGCAGCCGUCAUCACAACCUCAUCAACAUGUUGCUUUCUCUCGCCCUCCUUCCCUUGUCUACUGUUUUACGUUGCAGCCGUCAUCACAACCUCGUCAACAUGUUGCUUUCUCUCGCCCUCCUUCCCUUGUCUACUGUUUUACGUUGCAGCCGUCAUCACAACCUCGUCAACAUGUUGCUGUCUCUCGCCCUCCUUCCCUUGUCUACUGUUUUACGUUGCAGCCGUCAUCACAACCUCGUCAACAUGUUGCUUUCUCUCGCCCUCCUUCCCUUGUCUACUGUUUUACGUUGCAGCCGUCAUCACAACCUCAUCAACAUGGUGCUUUCUCUCGCCCUCCUUCCCUUGUCUACUGUUUUACGUUGCAUGGUUUUCUCACAGCGCAUUUGAGUUAAUUCAAUGGUUAGACUGUAAUUUCAAGCAAUAACUCGUAGCUCAACACACACCGUGUUUGUAUUAUAGUUGGAACAAAGAGGUCCCAGGUCUUAGUCGCUGUUCCACACAGUCGAUGUUCGUCGCUACCGUUCGGCACUUUAAAUUAGUGUAUAGAAACAAUGUGACACACACCAUUGUAGUUGUUAUUGCUUGGUACCAUUUGGCGAGGCUCAGUCUGUGUGAAGAUGACCAAAGUGCUUUUUAUUUACUGGAUACAACUGUAUUUAUUAACACAAAAUAACUGUUUCGGUUUCAUAUUAUUGGAAAUGCUUUCAGAAAACAUGGUGUUGCUUCAUCUUGUUGUUGUGAAGAUUGUCCCUCGUGUUUUUGUGGUUGCGAGAGAAAAGACACAAUUUGCAGUCACUUGAGUCUGAAAAAAUGUAUUUAGAAAAUGACUCUGAACCUGUCUGAAAUGCCAUCCUGAUCCCUAGUGCACCAGAGCCCUGGUCAAAAGUAGUGCACUACGUAGGGAAUAGGGUGACAUUUCCGACGCACACUUGUUUUUGCGUUGUGAUUCCGUUUUCAAAGGAAGUCUGCAUAUUUAUGUUGAAGAGAAGAAAAACAACUUUUAGUGAGCUGGUCUGUUUCCUCAGUUCUAGGUGUUUAUAAGGAAAAUAAAAAUGGACAUUUUUGUGUCACUCACUCAA